AUGCAAAAGCUCCAGGCUGAUUUCGCAAAGAUCUGUGAAGACCCAACCGACGGAUUAUCAGUCCAUUUAAUCGACAAUGAUUUCUAUCACUGAGGUGGGAUACUAAUAGGACCUCCAGAAACUCCUUUUGAAGGUGGAAGAUUCCAAUUCGAGAUUCUUUUCCCUCGAGACUUCCCUCAAAGUCCUCCAGAAUUUUACUUCAAAACGAUUAUUUUCCACCCAAACGUGGACUCGAAUGGCAAAGCUUGUACGAUGCUAUUAAAUUACAAGUGGCAAAGUGCAACAACAGUAGAGUCGAUCAUUGACAGUAUUUGUGUACUCAUGAGUGAACCUAGCACUGAGGAUGGAUACCUUAAUGAUGCCACGACAAUCAGAAAUGCUGAUAAAGAAGCAUAUGAAAAUGUAGCUAGGAUGUGGACGCAGACUUAUGCAGUUUAA